AGCACAAGGACUGAGGCUAGUUUUUCAGUUGUUUUAUAUUUGAGGUGGGGUCCCUGUGACCAGAUCCCAGUCUAUCCCGUCCACCCCUUGACUUGCGAAUCGAUCCUUGACCAAAGUAAACGGAUAGACUAGGAGGUUGAAGCAGUCUUAUAAUCUUUUUCCCUUUAUUUUGCUUCUUUCUGAUGAAAGCUAACCAUGUAGUUGUAAGUGCACCAGGAAAAGUCAUUCUUUAUGGAGAACAUGCUGUCGUGUAUGGGAAGCCUGCCAUAGCAGCAAGCAUAGGACUUAGGACAACAGUUACAAUCAGCCAUUCUCAGAACCAAAGUAUUUCUSUACAUCUACAAAAACUAAACAAAAAAUUAGAAUGGAGUGUGGAAGAACUUCAAAAAUCUUUCCCGGAGAAAAUCUUCAGUUACAAUAGGAAGGAUAACAAACCUAUCCCUUGUGACCAAAGCUGUAUGGAUGCUAUUAAUCAACUGAUUGAAAAGCAUUAUAAGCUGGAGUUGGAAUCAGUAAAAGAUGCUGCAAAGGUUUUUUUGUACUAUGUGACUAGCUUUAUGCACAAGAACAAGAGGUUUCUAGCAGUAGAUGUGGAUGUGUCAUCCAAUCUUCCAAUUGGAGCAGGACUUGGUUCAUCUGCCUCAUACAGCAUAAGUCUCGUCACCUCUAUGCUCCUCGCAAUUGGCUCAAUCUCCUUCUCUUCUCAAACCAAAAAUAACAGUAAAACUUACCAGAAACAAGAACAGGAUAAAGAGGAAGGUGGCUAUCCACCUGAAAGUAAGAGGGCAAGACUAGAAACCUCCAAUGAAUAUGUUUUAUUACCAGAAUCCUUAAGAUUAGUGUGUGACUGGGCAUUUGAAGCUGAAAAAUUAAUACAUGGAUCACCCUCUGGUAUAGAUAAUUCCAUUGGCACAUUUGGUGGAGCCCUUCAAUUUCUAAAUGGAGAGAUAACCCAUCUUGAAAGCUUUCCAACAUUACAGAUUUUGCUAGUGGACACCAAAAUUCCAAGARGCACUGGAAAGAUGGUUUCUGGCUUAAAAGAAAGGUAUAAAGAGUUUCCCUCGAUCUAUGCACCGUUAUUCGAUGCAGUUGGUGGUAUUACAACUGAAGGGCUAAAGAUCCUAAGGACAUUACAUUACCAACAACAAUAUAUGUCAAGUCAGAGUUCUGACAGGAAAUUCAGCUUUCAUAAACUUGAGACAUUGAUUGACAUGAAUCAACAACUGUUAGCUGUUAUGGGUGUCAGUCAUCAGACCCUGGAUCGGCUGUGUCAGGUUACUGCCAAGUUCAAUCUACAUUCUAAGUUAACCGGUGCUGGUGGAGGAGGUUGUGCUAUCACUUUGAUUAGUGAAGGAACAACUGACGAUGAUGUGUYCAAGUUGUGCGAGAUCCUAACAAAAGAAGAAGGCUUCAAAGUUUGGAGAACAACGUUAGGAAGCCAUGGAUUACUAGUACACGAGUGCGUUAGUUCUCUUAGUUCACAAGAAUAAUCGAGCUAUGAAGUGAUUGGUAAAAUUUAUUGGUAAAAUGCUCAAAUGCACUUCAGUGUUCAAAGGGAAAACUUUGGGGUUUCUCUUUUGAGUGAUGGUGUCRGUUGUUUUGAGGUUUGGGUGUGGGGGUGUUUUGAGUUUGAGGGCCUAGGUUUUGCCUCGGUUCUACUUGAGGUUAUUGCCGAUCUCAGUUCUCUGUGGCCGCUAGACCUCCACCACUUAUAGGAGUAUGGGUAAGACCACUGUAAAUAGAUUACUAUUUUAAAAAAGGUUGAAGGGGCGAACAGCGAUAAGCUAUAAGUGAUAGGAGAUAGGUCAUUUCAAGAUCCAAGAAUAGCUGGUGUGGUGUAUUUGUGUUUUGUUAUGCAAUCGUCAUAUACAAUUAUAGGUGUCAAUCAAUGCAAAUCUAACAGCUGGAAUGGCUAGUGUUAUUCCUAUUGUAAAGAACACGUGUUAUUGAUGGUUUUCAAUCAUUCCCAAGAGAAUUAAAUUAYAAAAGACAYGGCGGUCAUGUUGGAGGAUAUAACAAAAGAAUUCCAACACUAAAAACGGAUGCGAGGGAGACUAACUUUUAGUCGUCUGUUAUAUUUCCCAAUCAAUUGAGCCCCCCCUCUCCCUUCCUCCAAUUGUCUGUAUAUGAAGCCCUCAAUAUCGAAUGAUUUCACAGGAAAACAAUAUCUCUAGAUGGGCUCAACUGACAAACAUUGUAUUGUAAAUAAUCCUGAAUAUUCGUCCUUUAAAUUGGUCAAUUAUUUCAACACCGAUCUUUACUGCUAGACCCUCUCAUGGAAAUAUAUGGACAUGACAUCGUUAUUUUGUGAUUCACAAAACAAAAUAUAUACCAGAAAAACUACAAACAAGGACCAAAAAACAAUAGAAGGAAAGAUGAUUUCGAAUAUUUUGGCUGACUGAUUAACAACAAUGAGUUUAGGUGUUGAAUGACCCCCAGCUUAGAAUAAUGAUCUUCUAACGCGUAUCAUUGAUUAUCACUGUCUUCGUCAAUAAAAACUUGUAGCCCCUA